CUAACGUAUUCUCUCAUCCAAAAACAUAUUCCCAAGAAGUUUUUUCUGGUCAGAAGAAGAUGGAGUCCGGUAAUAGUAGUAGCAUGCAAUCUUCAAGCGGCGGAGGAAGAGGAGGAGGAGAAGAAGAGUACGAUUCACGCGCCGUCGAUCAAUCCAUCUCAGCCUUCGACCACCACAACCACCACGUGCCAUCUCAACAAAACCACCUUAACCUCCUCCACUUCGACCACAACAACGACAACAACUCUCUAAUCCCACCAAACUACUUCAACAACAACAACAACAUGUUCUUACCCGUAAACCAACAACCCGACCCGGUUUCUCAACCCGACCUCCGUACCUUCUCCGCCACGUCAUCAUUCCCUCCUCCUAACAACAUAGGUGUAACCAAGAAACCAAAGAAAAGAUCACGAGCAUCAAGAAGAGCACCAACGACGGUUCUAAUGACGGAAACUUCGAACUUCCGAGCCAUGGUUCAAGAGUUCACCGGAAUCCCAUCUCCGCCACUAUUCAACAACAACUCCGUCGUGAACACCACACGCCUCAACACUUUCCUCGGCUUGUCUUCUUCUUCAACACCAAACUCUUACAACAACAAUCUCUUGUUACGACCAUUCGCUCAACAACUCCUCCCAACAACGUCUCCUCUCCUAUCCGGAUCACAGAUUCAUCAGCAAUAUCAAAACCCUAACAACAGUUUCGAGAAUAUUAAUCUGCAGUCUCUUCUUCAAGCUCAGAUUUCAAACAUUACUUCAAACCCUAGAAGCAAUGAUAACAAUCAGUUUGGUCAUGGUAUGUUGCAGAGUCCAUCUACUACUCCUCUGACGACGACGACAGUGGCUAACGGGAACAUAGCCGCCGGUGAAAAUGGAGGGUACGGUGGUUCGGAUCAUGAUCAAAAUAAUGACAAUACUUGGUUAUGUUCAUCUUCAGACCAAAGAACAUAAUAGUAUGUAUAUAUAUAUAUUGUUUGAAAUCAAAGUUAGUCUGUUGACAUGAUUAUUCAACAAAUUAAACAUAGCAUAUAUACGAUGAUGAAGUUACUCGUUUAUGAUUUCUAUUUUUCGUAUUAUUACACUUUUAGAAUUAGUUUCUUUUUUUGUUUGUUUGUGGGUCGGAUAUAUUCUUUUAAAAAUAGUCAACAUAUGCUUAUAUCUUAGUUUUUACCAGAAGUGCAUGUUGGGG